CUCGUGACGGUCGGACGUAUUAUUAAAUCGUAGCACUGUGAAAUCGUGUUAAAAGUACAAGCUACGCUAUGGGGUGGCGAUAAGAAAUUUUUUGGUGCAUGCUGUUCGUCCGGUUGAGAUGGAUGCAUUUUUAUCGUCGGCAUUUUCGGCCCACGGAAUACUGCAGUGAAAGUUUGAAGUAAGUCCGGAAUAUCACCGGAAAGAAAAAAAAAGUCCCCAACUAAAAGAAACAAGAUAUUAGUGAAAGCCAACCAAGGCGAAGAGCAAAAAUACACAUAUAUUUUAAUGGCAUGUUGCCAAAAACACGGAAGUGAAAAGUGUAGGCCUGUGUGUGAGCGAAUGCAGGAAGAUACGGUGAACGAGUGAGCGAGCAAAAACAGGUUUCACGGAGAAGAUUAAAAAGAUCAAACUGUCAAACGUGCAAACGGAUCGAAGGAAAGGAUCGGUGAAUCAGUCUUGAAGAGUUGCAUUAAUGCAGUUUUGUGGAACCUGCUAGGUUACAUUUGUCGGAAAUUGCAGUAGAAAACAUCUCUCCAAUAUACCGCUGUGUUAUUCAUCUGUAUUGGAGGAGGACUUACGAAGGAAGGGAAGUUGUCUGGAAUGGGCUGUGACUGUAGGUGUGAACAGUAUGAGUGUUGGCGAGUCGAGGAAUCACUAACCGCCGCAUGCUAGAACAGUUGUCCGAACCCGAAUUGUCAAAGAAAACUCAUACAAAAACUGAUUCCAAAUCGUGGAUUGAAAAGGAAAGGAACCUCCACUAACGCUCAAAAAUGCCGGUCGCACUGAACGGUUCCAUCCCGCUUCCGUCGGUGCGUGUGUACACCUCCGUGACGGUGGCGAUGAUGUCCGUCUGCCUGUACUACGCCCUCAUCAUGACGAGUGACCCCAACUGGCGGCAGCACACGAACGUAACGUCGGUCGGGACGACGAUUGCCACCGCCGCCGUUGCGUCGGUCUCCGGUUCCGGGGGCUCGGCGGGUUCGGUUUCCUCCAGCAGUUCGGCGGCCCCUCUGGAAGGGGCUGCGGGUGGACACGCCAUCGUGGAUAGUGGUGGCAAGUUGGACGUUUCGCCCGGUGCCGGACCAUCGCUGCUGACGGUAAAGGAGAUGGACACAUUGGAGGAGAAAAUUCUGGCCGCCGCUGACCUGCCCGAUCUGCGGCAAAUGCUUCGCGGCGGUACAGACGGGGAGGCUGGAGACGAGGACGAGCUGUCGGAACAGGACCAUGAGCAGUGGGUUGGCAACGACACGAGGACGAUCGGAGGGUAUCUGAAGGAUACAGCCUCUUUCAUGGCGACAGAACCGUUUUGCAUUUGGACCCUUAUCAACACAGCGUACUGCUGCCUGAUUCUGCUCGGCAAGUCGAUACAGAAGUUCGUCUUCGGUGAGCUGCGAAUAUCCGAACAGCAGCAUAUGAAGGACAAGUUCUGGAACUUUAUCUUCUACAAAUUUAUCUUCGUCUUUGGUGUCGUGAACGUGCAGUACCUGUACGAGGUCAUACUAUGGGUGUCAUGGUUUUCAGCCCUUGGAUUUUUGCACCUUCUGUCGCAGCUCAGCAAAGAUCGGUUCGAGUAUCUAUCCUUCUCGCCCACGACCCCCGGAUGGUCACACUUCCGUCUGAUCUCGCUGCUGGUCGCCAUCCUCACGCUCUCCGGCUUCAUGGUGAUGAUCUCGAUCGGAGUCGGCGUCUUCGUUGGGGGCUUCAACACGUUCGCCUUCAUGGCGGCCGAGUGUAUUCUUCUCGGAAUCAGGACACUGCACGUGUUGAUACGAUACGGGAUGUUCCUGCACGAUAUGCGCCAGGGCGGAAUCGCCAACGAAUCCAUUUCGUGGGAUAAACGCGGUCCGGUGGCGUACUACAUCGAGCAAACGUUCGAAGUGGCCGCACUGGUGGUGGACUUUGUGCAUCACGUGCACAUGCUGCUGUGGAGCAACAUCUUCCUCUCGAUGGCGAGCCUGGUGAUCAUCAUGCAGCUGCGCUACCUGUUCAACGAGAUCCAGCGCAAGAUCAAGAAGCACCGAAACUACCUGUGGGUGCUGAAUCACAUGGAGAAGAGCUACCCGCUGGCGACGAGCGAGGACUUGAAGCAGAACUCCGAUAAUUGUGCCAUUUGCUGGGAGAAGAUGGAAACCGCCCGGAAGCUGCCGUGUGCACAUCUCUUCCAUAAUUCCUGUUUGCAAUCGUGGCUAGAGCAGGACACGUCCUGUCCGACCUGCCGACUGGGGUUGAGUGUCCACCAGCAUGGAGGGCCACGGGGUAAUCCAUUGCUGCCCAAUGACAUCCGUAUCGACGAUCAGGAGGUGACCGUCGGCGGUGGCCGUGCGGCAAACAACCAUUUCUUCCACUUCAACGGCUCGCGGUACGUGUCCUGGCUCCCGAACUUCUCCGUCGAGGUGACGCACAUCAAUAAUAUGCUCCGGCCGGUCGACACGAUCCCGUUGACGGCGGCCGCGGUAGUGAAUCACACCUCGCAGGUGCGCAAUAUGGCUCGCCACGUGCAAGAAAUGUUCCCUCGCUAUCCACUGUCGGUGCUUAUUGCCGACCUGCAGGUGUCGCACUCGAUCGAGGUAACGAUCGACAACAUUCUCGAGGGCCGGCUUCAGGUACCGAGUCGGUUCGAGACCGAAGCAGCGGCUGGCAGUGCGCAUUCAUUCGAUGACGAAGAGGACGUACCGCCGUCGCAACGAGCGGGCACUUCUUCGACGCCGGUGGCAAAUGUGGAUCUGCUCCCCAACCAACCGACGGUGGAUGAAGAGGACAACGACGACGAGUAUUAUCCCGCUACGGUCACGGAUGAGCUAUCGUUGUCGACGACGCACACGCCAACACGAACACCUACCAAUUCGUCGUCCGGCUCAUCGCUCUCGUCGAUGUCCGCUCCGGCCGGUUACGAGGUGGAACGUGGGACGAAGAUAUUCGGCAGCUACGACACGCUGCUACGAGACGAAAGUGCGGAGGAAACGACAAUCCCGCUCGGUGAUCGAUUUUCCAAGAGUCCGGAAGAGCGGGAGAAAAUAUUGCAACGCCGCAAGGAACAGCUGCUUGCAAUGGCGCGAAGAAGAUAUCUGGAAAAAAAUAAAUCAGACCUAAAUCAGUCAUCCGGUUGUCCAUCCACGUCUUCCACCGUUAGGCAUCGAAACAAGAGUUGUAUGGAAACGUCAACGUCGACGACCGCCACGAAUGCCACGGUGGACGUCGACCCCGGUACCAUUGAGCCGUCGAAAUUGAACCCUUCGUUAUCACCAGUUCAUCAGCAUUCGCUAGAAAUGCAAAUGCAAACACACGAGGAGCAGCUACAGGAGCAUUCAGAUAGCAGUUUUUAAAAAAUGUGCGAAAAUUGUCAGCAAAUGCUGUUGCGAGAUCCCUUCGUACUUUUAUUGGCCCAAUAUCUUUCAUAUCAUUUCAAAUUUCGAAAGAUCGUUCUCUAGCUGUGGCACUGCAGCAACUAAUAGCCUUUCAAGGGGGGGAAAGUCGCUGCUGCCCCAAGCUGGUGAACGAAAAAGAGUUUAUGAAUCGUGAUCACAAAAGUAUCUCCUGAUGGGUCGGUUUGCGUGGGUUUGUUGGGAUAUCGAUACCACCCUUGCCAGAGAUGGCUUUUCGUGUCCGUGAUCCAACGAACCUUCGCAAUCUGCCGCAACCACCCCAAACUAAACCUGUUCCUUGAGGCGGCGGUGCUGUGACGUUUUUAAUGUUUAUUUUAACAUUUUUUUUUAUUUUUUGCUUAGCUGAUUUAACCGCAUACCCCUAUGUUUAGUUAAAAUCAUUACUAGUGAGUAUCGUGAAUCCGUGGGCCCUCCAUAUAGAAUCCAGCCAAACAGACACAUUGAAAUAUUGCAAACCCUAGAGUAUGGCUGCUUAGAAAGGCCAACAAGUCAGAUUUUAGUUUCCCUUUUACUUGAUUUGGAGUUGAGUAAGAUUUUGGCAUAGCGUGAGAGAAUGUUUCAAUAAACGAGUGCAUGGAUACAACUGUACGUGCGAGUGAAACUGGUGUGUUUGUGAAUGAAUGUAUGUGCUAGGGAAAUCGUAUACUAAGGGAAAACUUAGAUAACUAGCCAAAUGAAGAACUAACUUGCAAAAGUUCGAACGCAUCGUAGAGAAGAGAUGGUCCUGAAAAGAUCAGGAGAAUGGUUGUACCACAACCAGCCCCGCGGGGAAGGCAACAGAGUAUGCAAACUUUUUGCUUUUGAAGAUAAAAGAAUCAAUUUGAUGGCAGUUGAGCGAAGAAAGCAGUUCGAUGCGAAGGAAACAUACACCCUUGUGAUGCUAUUUAUUUUCUAGGAUGAAACAAAUCGAUCGAUAAUGGAAAGCAGAAACUAACUCCGGUGGGAGGAUAUUCGUGGACAUAGAAUGGGGUAUACCGUUUGGAAAUUAAUCCCCAGAGCAAAGGAAGAAACGCUUUGAACAAAAUCUGAUCGAAAGUCGAUGUCGAAGGAAACGCGAGUGGAGGAAGUAAUACAAAGGAAAGCAAAAUCAAUUUCUAGUGAAAACUAAGUAAGAAAACAAUAAAGUAAAGUUCGUUGUUAUUUCGUUUUACA